GGCGGAGCCCCGCGGGCGGCGGGCCCGGCUGGAGAGCGGGGGCAUGGCGGCGCGGAGCCAGGCCUCCCUGCGGCGCCGGCUGCAGAGCUCGCAGGAGGCGCAGCACCGGCAAGCGGUGCUGGUGCGGAAGCUGCAGGCGAAGGUCCUGCAGUACCGGACUUGGUGUCGAGAGUUGGAGCAGCAGCUGGAAGCAGGAGGGGGAUCCCUUCCAGGCAGGCGGGAAGCCACAGAAGACCACAGCCUGAAGAAAGCACUGCUUCAGUUGGAAGAGGAGCAGCAAAGGUGCGAGAAUCUGGCAGAAGUGAACACUCUCCUGCGGGAGCAGCUCGGUAAAGCGAAUGAGGUUAAUUCAGCCCUCAAAGAAGAUGUUGGAAAACUGACGGCAGAUUGGAUGAGGGCCCGGGAGGAGCUAUUGACGGAGAGUGAAUGGCGCGGUGAACGUGAGCUUUAUGACAGCUGCUUAAGGGGUGAACACAGCCGUCUGCUCAGCCUGUGGCGUCAGGUGGUAACCUUCCGCCGUCAUUUCCUGGAAAUGAAGACCGCCACUGACCGAGAUUUGUCAGAGCUGAAGGCAGAGCAACUGAGGCUUUCUGGAUCCAUACUUGUAAGCUGCUCCCACCUGAACUCUGGCGUACGGCUCUGGGAGUCCGUCAGUCUGGGUAGACCUGUCCUGAAGGAUGAGGCACAGCAGGAAGCGGAAGAGGAAAUGAGCCAGAAGACUUGGGAAGCGAUGCACUUACAAGUCAAGGGGGACCUGGAGAAGAAGGAGCUUCAGGAGAGGCUGAAGGACUUAGCUGCACUUGAAGAAAAACAUGCGUUAUUACAGAGUGAGUUGGUAGACGCAAGAGAGACACUGGAGGAAUCGCACCUUCAGAGGGAUCUGCUGAAGCAAGAGAAACAUCAGCUUACCAUGGCACUGGAAAAGGCAGAGCAGGCAGUAGCAGAGUUGACAGGGGCUCAGAAUAAGCUGAGUGCUGAAGCAGCUGAUCUACGUGUUGCAACAGCGAAGAUGAGCAGUAUGAAUGAAGCCCUUGCACUGGAUAAAGUGCAACUGAGCAAACUUGUGCUGCAGCUGGAGCAAGAGAAUGAAGCUCUGUCAGGCAAAGGCGAGGUGGAGAGAGCAAAGAUCUCUGAGCAGGAGAAGCUGACCUUGUGUGAACGAACAAAUGAAGAGCUCAGCGCAGAGAAAGCCCACCUGGAGCAGCUGCUGAAGAAGGCAGAGGAGCACCAGGAGGGGCUGCAGGUAGAGCUGAGGAGACUGGCAGAGGAGAAGGCAGAAACCCAAGAGAAGCUCAGUCAGGUUUACCGCCAGCAAGAGUCGGCUAGCAGUGGUCUGGAGCAGCUGCGCCAGGAGUCCUCUCGCCAAGGGCAUGCGCUGGCCAAGGUGUGCAAGGAGAAGGAAUUGCUGGUGCACGAGAAGGCUGCCCUAGAGGUGCGACUGGCAGCCGUGGAGCGGGACAGACAAGGCCUUUCAGAGCAGCUGGCAGAGGCCAGGUCGGCGAAGGAGACCCUGGAAUCCAGCCUGUUUGAGGCUCAGCAGCGCUUAUCUCAGCUGGAGAUCGCCAGGAGUCAGCUUGAAGUCCAACUUCACACCGUCACGCAGGCCAAGGAGGUGAUCCAAGGGGAAGUGAAGUGCCUUCAGUGUGAGCUGGAAGCGGAGAGGACUCUGAUGAGGCAGGAACGGGAAAACAUGGCAGAACGGCUCUUGCAGACAGAACGGCAGUAUGACAACACCCUCAGACUCCGGCAAGCUGAGCAUGAAGUGGAAAUAAACAAGCUCCUGCAAGACCUGGCAAGCGAGCGGGAGGGCACCAUUUCAGAGGUCCAGGAGAUGCUGGAGCAAUGGGAAAAGGAGAAGGCAGAGACAGAAAGGGAGCACGAGAAGAAGCUGUUUGAUGUGAAGCAGGAAGUUGCUACCGUGCAGAACAUCACGGCAGAGCUGCAAGCAGAGCUGCAGGAAACUCAGAGCAAGACCGAGGCAGUGGAGAAGAGGCACAAGGGAGAAAUCCAAACCGUCAAAGAGGAAAUGAAUAUCCUCCUUCAGCAGCGGGAUGCUCUACAAAACCAGGUGGAAGAGUUGACAUCUCAGCUAGCAGCCUCUGAAGAGCCUCUAAAGAAGGAGGCUGUGACUCUACAUCAAGAGGUGGCGUCUUUGGAAAGGAAACUCGAGAGCACUGAGAAGCAAAGAAAGGAUGUCCUGCAGGAACGGGACAGACUGCAAGCACUUAAAGAAGAACUGGUAUGGGAGAUAAAACUUCUUCAGGAGUCGGUCACAGCCUCUGAGACCCGAGCGACUACAGCAACAGAUAGGCAUCACUCCCUUGAACAAGAACUCCACACCACAGUGUCUCUCCUAAAAAUUAAAAAUGAGGAACUGGAAAUGCAGCGGGAGAAAAUCCAGGUGCUCCAGAAAGAGGCAGCACAGGGAAAAGCUUUGCAGGAGAAUCUCACUCAUGUGACUGCCAUCCUGUCAGAGAGGGAGGGAGAAAUGAAGGUGUACCAGGAACAGAUGAGACUGCUGGAAGAGCAGAAAGAAAUGCACAAAACUGCUCUGGAUCAGGUUAUUAAGGACGUAAGAGAGAAAAACCAGAAGAUUGAAUCCCAGCAAGAAGAGAUACAGGAGCUGGAGAAGCAGCAAGAAGAACAAAGGAUUGCUGUCAGCAAAAUGAGCAAAGACCUGGAAGAGAGAGACCAGGAGAUCAGAUCCCUGAAGACCUUGCAGAAUCUCCAGCUCAGGCUAACCAAGAAGAAUGAAGAGGUUAGACAUCACAGAGAGCAAGAGAA